GUUGUGGAUAUGAACAAACCUGAGUGUGAGUGAGAGUUAAAGUGAUCUUUGCCUUAGCAGCCAUAACAAAGAAAUAUUUUCUUUUUCUGUGAUUGUGUAAGGGGAGACAUUUUAGAUUACUUCAAGUUUUCUGUUUUUAAAAGCUCUUUUGUUUUUAUGCAAAGUGAGUUUUCAAUAUUUGAGCUACCCCCUCCAGUGACAGUUGGUUACGGAUUAAUUAAGAAUUAAAACGUGUUUGCAGUUUGAAGUACACGGUUGAAGUAAUCAUGUGCUGAGUUUCUUUCCCUCCAGAUGGCAGACACGGCACAAACCCUCUCGCUCAUGACUAUGAGGAGGUGAGAAGCUGGGCGACGGAUGAGGACCUGCGGGGCUACUCACUGAUGCCCCCUGUAGCCCAAUUUCAUCCACGAGCAACAGAAUCCUCCUACCAUGAGGGAAGAGUGUACGGUAAAGCUGAUGUGGACGUAACAGCAGGAGUUUAUGAUUCUAUGGUGUACAGCCGCAGAAGAGACACAGACUUGCCAUUUGAGCUCAGAGGGGAGCUGGUUUAAUAAUACUGGCUUAUCAAGAAUGGAUGGAGAAUUACACGUUGGGAAGGACGCCAGUGCUUCUGUCCGGUGCCGUAACAGCUUGUUUAAUUGUAAAUCAAAGUGCAAUGCUGAGAUUGGCCUUCAUGUCCGUGGAGCCCUGGCCGUGACCCUCUGCCCUGGCUCCGCCGUGACAGGGAGCAGAUGUCCAAUGGCUUAAGGUUGGCCGAUCUCAUCUCCUCUCUUCUGUGUACCCACAAUCCACUUGUCCUAUUGACCGUUUCACCUGCCAUGUCAAACGCCUCAAGCAGCCACGACGUCUGGAGGAUACUUGACAACCGAAAAGAUGUUUCUAUACAGGCGCCUCAGAAGAUUUCAGUCAGACUGGCAGAUGCUACGCUUUGUUUGACUCUGAUUGGAUGUGGGACGCAGGAGCAAAAUGAACAUCAAGGUUAUGCAGCUGAGAACGUGACACAGACAGAGACCCCGACACCACUGGAACGCUCCACACCUAUGUCUUAUAGCUCUAAACCCACAAAUGUGGGUCAGGGUAACCCGAAUGCGACAGGGGUGACAACGAGCACAGAUUCAGAGCAGUUUAACCUCACCGUGACGGCGGCAAUCACGGACAGCUCUACAGACUCUCCGGUGACCUCCGCUGUGACCUUUGGAGAGACGCCCCCUGCACAGCCGGCCCAUAACACCAGCACCUCCAGAAGCUCCAGAGCCUUCAAAGCUGUGGUGUGGGAUGAGGAAUGGGACAAGCCAUUUCAUUACAAUUACUCCUCUGUACGAAAUGCAGGGCUAAUCAUCGCUGCGGUUCUCUUUGUGAUGGGAAUCAUGGUGCUUGGUUGUGGCAAAGUGAAACGAAUGCCACGGUGUCGUAUUGGCAAAGGAAGUUCAUAUGAGGUGACCAGAAGUUAACACUUCUCCCAGCAUUGAUCAGCUGGCUCGACAAUAAACAGAAGUACAGCAGGAGAACACAAAGGAGCCAGUCAGACCUGUUUCCACAGAGGUUACAGACUUGCAUUUCCCCCUUGUGAAAACAACAUCAUAAGGACAAGAUGGAGAGGUUGUGUGUGUGAGUGUGUUCAUUAUUUCAAACUGAUCUCUGGGUUUGUCACACAGAGGAGCCGGGGAAUAAGAUGUGUGCUAUUGUGCGGCACUAAACGCCAGCGGUAACACAACGGCUGGGACUUCGGCAGAUCCCAGCGUAAUCACGCGUCUCAGACACAAAAUCCCUUCAUCCCUCUGCUCUCCUGCACCAAACUGCUCGAUUUAAGUGUCAAACUUUGUACAACGUAAAGCUGUACUUGUGUUUUAUUGUCAUUAUUAUUUCAAUUCUGUGCAUCCUCUGAUGUGUCAAUCUUUUGGAAAUGGAAAAAAGCGUUAUGUGGCUCACGAGCGCCCUCAAGAGGCCAUCAGACACAUUUAUUAUGAGUUCUCCCAAGAGGAGAGAAUAAAAACAGUUUGGCUCAGUCUGUUUAGAGAUUCAUGUAUCUGAAUUCACCAUCUACAUCAUGCCCUUGUAAAAACAAAUUAAUAAUAAAAAAAAAUCUUUAUCAGUGUAUAAGACA